GGGCUUCCCGUUUUGCCUUCCCCUUGGCUGAUCCAAAAUGGAGAAAGCCACAUCUUCCCGUUCCGAUUCAAACGCCAUUUCCGCCUCCGCCAAUGCUACCAAGAAUCAGAACUGCACUUCAUCAUCAUCACCUCCGCUUCGCGAUCACGACCAGUACCGAUGCCCCCAAGAUUUCGUUACCAAUUUCACUUCACUGCAUCAUUCCAUUUUCCCACCAAAAUCUCACCUCCCUCCCUCCUCCCACUCGCCCUCCGGUUCCUCCUCUUCUUCAGAUGAUUUCCAGGUGCUCCUUGACCCUAUCUCUGACGCCAUCGCCACUGAGCGCCGACUCAACCAGGCGCGCCUCAUCCUGGAGUACCACCAACUCUGUCAACACUACGAUCUGUGCCUUGCUCGUCUCCAGGUCCUCUGUCAAGAGCUCGAGACACUUCGCAGGGAGAAUGCUGAUCUCCGCUUGACCAACUCGGAGCUAGUCAAGCUCUUGAGCCUCUCUUCUCAGGCGGUGAUGAAACGAAGUCUACGAAAUGAAGACAUUGCGAAUUUCAACGUGCACAGUGAGACAAGGAGCAUUAAAAAUGUGGAGAGUUCGCUGCCGAAGAGUACCUCAAUCAGGUCGAGUGAUUACCCGAAGAACCAACAGCAAGGACCGAGUCGGAUGCGAGUCGCGCCUCCACUCGUCUCUGGAUCUGUGCAGCAGCAGCGAGUGUGUGUGCCACUAGGGGAUCAGCAAGGGCAAGAGGAAGAGGCAUUGGAGUUCGAGGCGUACAAUCGAGGAAUGAUGAAGACUGAGCUGUGCAAUAAGUGGCAGGAGACCGGCUCGUGCCCUUACGGUGACCACUGCCAGUUCGCUCACGGCAUCUCAGAGCUGCGUACAGUUAUCAGGCAUCCAAGGUACAAGACCGAGGUUUGCAAGAUGGUUCUGGGCGGGGAAAGGUGCCCGUACGGCCACAGAUGCCACUUCCGUCACUCCCUUACCGAGCAGGAGCGGAUGCGACUGUGACGUUGAUUUAGAGGUUCAUGGCGCGUGAGUUGGAAUAGUCUUCAGAUUUUCUUUCCAGCAAAGCUCAUACUGGAACUUGUGGUGAGGACUCUGUUAAUUACCUUUUCUUUGCUCUUUCUUAUCAUAAGGUGAUUCCAGCUAGAUGCUAAAAUUAGCUUGAACUUAAUGCUUCUUACUCAGUCUGAGUAAAUGUUAUUGUUCACU